CAUCGAUCGAGCGCGCCAGCGACCGGUUAUGUGUUAUUGUUAACUUGCGCGCUUAACUGCAUAAUUUAAUUUGCCAUUGAAAUCUGAGCCGUAUCCGCGACCUGUUACGGUUGAGUCCAAAAUGUCAUCGUGUAAUAAGUGUGGUGAUAAUUUUAUUGGUGAUGGUGAUGUACCGUGCUCCUUUUGUGGAGGGUAUUAUCACUAUAGGUGUUCCGGAAUGCUAGAAAACACCUAUAAGAAGAUGACAGCAGAUAAAAAAUCCAAUUGGAGGUGCAUCCCAUGCCGUCAGUCGGAAAACAAUGACUCACUCUCUGAACUUGUGAAGGAGUUCAAAGGUUUUAAGGUGCAAAUGCAAAAAAUGCAGAGUGGGCUUGACCAAGCAAAUCAGGGAAUUGCCAAUCUCGAGGGAAAGUUCGACUUGAUUGAAAGUCGACUAGAGGAUUUCGAUGUGCGGCUUACCGUCACAGAGAGUAAAGUUGACCGCCUCCCAUCUAUUGAAGCCAAUUUAAAACAGCUGGAGGCUGAGUUUGCUACUUUAAAAGCCAACGAACGUGACAGAGACCAGUUUUGCCGGCUGAACAAUGUCGAAAUUAGUGGCGUUCCUCAAAAAGAUAACGAGAAUUUAAUGUCGAUCUUAAAUAAUAUAUGUUUGAAGGUAGGUUUUGGUCUGCUUGAAACUGAUGUCGACUCAAUACAUCGCGUUCGCCGUUUCCCGUUAUCCGUGGGUAGCGGAACCCGUGCGGACCCCAGGCCCCCGGCGAUCAUCGUGCGUUUCUGCCAGCGACGUCGCAAGGACGAGCUGGUGGCGGCUGCGCGCGCGCGCCGCGGCCUCACCAGCGCCGAUGCCGGUCUCCUGGGACAGGCGGUUCCCGUCUACGUGAACGAACAUCUUACGGCUGUAAACAAGAUCCUACUUAGGCAGGCCCGCGAUAGGAAAGCCGAGUUAAAUUUCAGCUACCUAUGGGUUAAGCAGUGCAAAAUACACAUGCGGAAGAGUGAUAGUUCCAAAGUUUAUGUCAUAACAAACGAAGCUGACUUAAAGAAAUUAAAAUGACUUUUUAUGUUUGAUAACAGUAACUGGCAUAUCCAUAACAUUUGCCUCAGAUUUUCGAUGUUAGUGUUGAUAUGCGUUCAUAUAAAAAGUAAUUACGUAAGUCGUGUACUAGGCCAUUUUUUACAUUGUAUACCCUAUGGGCAGGAAACUAGCUUAGAAUUUCACAGGAUCUCAUUUCUAUUUUUAAUACCUGAAUUGACUCGUCUGAAUAAAAAUAAUAAAGUAAUAUUUUCUUACUAUUGUAGUUCUUUAUACAUCAAUAAUAGAUAAUAAUAGCAUCUCAAUAUAUUAUCAGAACGUAAGGGGAUUGCGGACAAAAUCGCAUUCCUUUUUAUCUAGUGUAAUUAAUUCGAACUAUGACCUCAUUUGUUUAUCUGAAACAUGGCUGAACCCUGACUUUUUUAGUAGUGAGUAUUUUGAUAGCAGGUAUGAGGUGUACAGACGGGAUCGAGCGGGGCGAUCGGCACAGCGCGGCGGAGGCGUGCUUGUGGCGGUGCGGCGCGGUCUCAGUGUAUCGCGCCGGGACGAGUGGUGCGCGGCGCAACGACACGAGGAGUUGUGGCUCACCGUGGAGCCGCGGGCCUGCGCCGGCGCCGCGCCCCACUCCCCGCGCGCCUCGCGCCGCCAGCCGGCCGACCGACCGGGGGCACGUGGGCCGCUGCUGCAUAUUGUUUGUGUUUACUUUCCACAUAAUGAUAAUCAUAUCAGUUCUCUUCGUUGCUUUUUCGACAAUGCUGCUAGGAUAAUGAAUACCUACCCAGAAGAUAUUUUCGUCCUUGUAGGUGAUUUUAAUGUAUCUUAUGCUUCAUGGUCCUUGUGUGAGGAUUCAAAUCGCCUCAAUAUUGAGACUAGUGAAGAUCCAACUGCUAUAGUUCUUUCCGACUUCAUCGCUCUAACUGGGGUAAACCAAUAUAACAAUUGUUUUAAUAUAAAUGGACGUGUGCUGGAUCUAGUAAUGGCCAAUGCCGGUUGCACGGUUAGUGCCUGCUCGUCACCGCUUACGCGGGAGGAUCCGCAACAUAAGGCUUUGAAUAUUUCACUGGCCCUAAACUUAAUGAGUUAUUUACCGCGCUUGUUGCCUAAUCAAUGUACUAGACCGAUUUUUCACCGCGGCAGCUAUGACCUUAUCCGCAAGGAAUUAUCUGAGACCGGUUGGUCGUGUCUGAAUAACAUGAAUGUUGAGGAUUCAGUUACUUAUUUUUAUUCGGUUCUUAGAACACUUAUUGCCAGUCAUAUUCCACAUAAAAGCGUUAACAGUAACACUGGAUAUCCUCCUUGGUUUUCUCGUGCACUAAUAAAAGUUCGCAAACAAAAACUAUCGGCUCAUAAAAGGUGGAAAAUAUACGGUAAUCCUCUUGACAGGGCGGAAUUUACAUUAUUGAGAAAAAGGGAGCACAAAUUAGCCACCGAAUGCUAUAAUAAUUUUAUUUCAUUGGCUGAAGACAGAAUACAUAGUGAUCCUACUUAUUUUUGGUCAUUUAUGAAGUCAAAAUUCCCUAGUAAUUGUGUUCCCGACCAAAUGUCUUACCUUGGCGAAAUUUCUAAAGAUGGUAACACAAUUAGUAAUUUUUUUAAUAGAUAUUUUAACUCUGUGUUUGUUACUGAUUCUUCUGUCUUACCCGAUUACUUGCAUGUAGCUAAUGAUUCCCUGAUUGAUCUUAAUACCGUUGAUAUUUCCGAGGAUUGCGUCUUCAAGUUUUUAGAAAGAGUAGAUAUUAAAAAGGGCAGUGGUGCUGAUUUGAUUCACCCCCUUUUUAUCAAAAUGUGCGCCCGUGAAUUGGCAAUGCCUUUAACUCAAAUUUUUAUUAAGUCCUUAGCUCAUGGUCACUUUCCCUCCUCUUGGAAAAAAGCCUUGAUAACACCAAUUUACAAAAGUGGCGAUGCGCACCUGGUUACUAAUUACAGGCCCAUUAGUAAAUUAAACAUAUUUGCUAAAAUCUUUGAAAAAAUCGUUUACAACAAAAUUACUUCUGCUUUCUCUCAACACAUUGCGCCUAGCCAACACGGAUUUUGUCAGGGUCGUAGCGUUGAUACAAAUCUCCUGACGUUUACCGAUUUCAUUAUCAAUAGGAUAUCUUCUGGCUGUCAGGUGGACGUCGUGUAUACUGACUUUUCGAAAUGUUUUGAUAAAAUUAAUCACAAUAACUUAAUCAAGAAACUUUUUGAGCUCGGUAUACACGGCGACCUCCUUAGAUGGAUAAAGUCUUACCUGUCCAAUCGCAGUCAGGCGGUUGCCUUGAAGGGUUAUACUUCAUGCUUUCUUCCUAUACCUUCCGGAGUACCCCAAGGAUCGCACCUUGGUCCCUUAUUGUUUAUCUUAUAUGUCAAUGACAUGGCAUCCUGUUUUCGGAACUCUGAGCACCUCGUCUAUGCAGAUGACACAAAGAUUUACAAAGCUGUGUCCUCGGAAGCAGAUUGCCGUGCAUUACAGCAUGACUUAGAUAACUUUUUACUCUACUGUUCAGAUAAUCAGCUUUUCUUAAAUACUGAUAAAUGUUUCAUAAUCAGUUUUAAUCGUAGAAAUGACCCGUUAAUUUUCAAUUACACUUUGGCUGGAAGAAAUAUAGCCCGGGUAUAUUCCAUUAGGGACUUAGGUGUUACCUUAGACUCGCAAUUGAAUUUUAGUCUACAUAUUGAUAAUAUAUGUAAGCGAGCUUAUAAGAAGUUGGGGAUGAUUCUCAGAAUUGGACAGCCCUUCAGGCGCCCCAAUACCUAUAAACUACUUUUCUAUUCCUUUGUUAGGAGUAUACUAGAAUUUGGUUGUGUUGUUUGGACACCUCAGUACCAAGUCCAUAUUGAUCGCCUGGAAAGGAUCCAAAAUAUUUUUUUAAAAUCACUUUGUUACAGGACGGGUAAUUACUUCGAACGCACUUCGUCAGCAGCGAAGCAUUUUUGUGUUCCUUCCCUCUAUAACCGAAGACACUACUUAGAUGUAAUGUUCUUGUUUAAAAUUCUUAAAGGUGUGAUAAAAUGUCCGAAUCUCUUAGAAUUAGUCACUUUCA